UUAAUUUAAUUUAAUUUGACAACUGUUUUUAAAAAUGAAUAAUAUAUGUUAGUUUCUUGUAGAUGAACCAUGUUUGUGGGCUCUGUGUGUUAAAUAACUAAUUGAUGAAUUAAAAAGAAAUUCUUCCAACGAAAGACCAAACUAUAACAUUUAUUAGUAUUGUAAAGCGAUUUUCAAUUAGCUUUUUAGGCAUGGGUAACGCUGUUUCCCUUGCUCAUAUGCAAGCAGCUCAAUUCAGCAAACCCAAAGAUCAUGAGAAAAUGGUCGGUUCUGAAACUGCACCGCCGCCGGAAUGUCCUAUGCAUCAAAAGGAGGGAGGAAACGUAAAAUCAACAACACUGCCGCCGCCGCAUCCAAAGUUAGUAGCUACGACUGUAUCCUCAUCGGAGUGUCCCGUUAGGCAUGAAAACAGUGACGUUAAUCCGUUGAAUAUGAUGCCACCUGCCAAUCAAAAACCAGCGCCAGAUCAACCUUUCCCACUUUCUACGGAACGUCAAACAUCAUCUAUACCUAAGGCUACGGAGGAUGGCACUAUUCAAUUCUGGCAAUAUCCGAGUCAACAGAUGUUUUGGAAUGCUAUGCUACGCAAAGGAUGGCGAUGGAAAAAUGAAGACGUAAGCCAAAAAGAUAUGGGCGACAUUAUACGCAUACAUAACGCGAACAAUGAACAGGCUUGGAAGGAGGUCUUAAAAUGGGAAGCGCUUCAUUUAAAAGAAUGCGGUAACCCAAGAUUAAAAAGUUUUGGGGGUAAAGCAAAAGAUUUUAGUCCGCGUGCUCGCAUACGCAGUUGGAUGGGAUAUGAACUGCCCUUCGAUCGUCAUGAUUGGAUUAUUGAUCGUUGUGGCAAAGAUGUGCGCUAUGUGAUUGAUUAUUACGACGGAGGUAUUGUGGACAAGGAUUAUAAGUUCGCUUUGUUGGAUGUACGUCCAGCUAUGGAUUCAUUCGAUAACAUCUGGGAUCGUAUGCGUGUCGCUUAUAUGCGUUGGAAAUUUGCUGCCUUGGAUAUGGUAAAAGGUAGCAAUCCACCUGACUCUCCACGGGAUAGAGUUGAUCAGUAAUUAAUAGGAGCGCCAUACAAUAUGGUUCUUGCAACCAAUGCAUUGAUCUUUCAUUAAUCGAGUUAUUUAUAUUUCAUCGACAAAUUAUCUGCAAAUAGGCCGAAAUAAAAAAUUGUUAGCAAGUUUUA